AUGGAGAAUUAUCGAGAUAAUCUUCAUGUUCUAACAACGAAAUAUGAUGUAUGUGUAAUAGGAGCUUCAGAUGUUGGUAAAACAUCACUAAUAAAUAGAUAUAUGUAUGGAAAAUUUGAUGAAAAUGAAAAAUUAGAAAAUGAAGAAAUAUAUAUUAAAAAACAAUAUGAUCAAAAUCAAAAUCAAAUUAAACAAUUUAUUAUAUAUGAUUCUGAUUUUCAUGAAGAUAUGUAUUUAAAUUCUAAAAAAAUUUCAAUAUUAAAUGCAUCAAGUUUAAUGUUAUUAUAUUCUAUAAAUAAUUUAGAAAGUUUUAUGAUGGUUGAAGAAUUUUUGAAUUUCAUUAAAACCAUUUAUUCAUCAUCUGAUGAAGAAGAUACAAUACCGCCAUUUAUUUUAGUGGGAUCAAAAUCAGAUUUAGAAAAUGAAAGAAUUAUUGAAUAUGAACAGGGAGAAGAAAUGUGUAAACGUUUAGGGGGAUUAAAAUAUUUUGAAUGUUCUUCAAAACUAAACGUUGGAGUCAAUGAAUGUUUUGAAGAAUUAUUAGAAUUAAAUAACAAAUUAAACAAUUACAAUCAAAAUCAAGAUAUACUAAGUAACGAAGACGUAAGUAAGAUUAAUAAUUCAGAAGAUAACAGUAGUAUUGAUUAUGAACCUUCAAUAUAUGAAGAUAAAACUCAUUUAAAACCACAACAAGAACAACAAAAAGAAAUUUUAAUCCCAUCAACAUCAACAAAUAUACAACAACCAAGACCAAAUCCAAUAAAAUCAAAUUCUUCAUUAAUUAGAUUAUCAAGUAAUAUUCAAGAUUAUCAAAAAAAUUUAAAUUUAAAUUCUGAAUCUUCAACUUUAGCUAAUACUCCAAUUUCUGUUUUAAAUCAGAAGUCGGAUUCUGAAAAAUCAUCAAAUUCGAAAAGAAAUAAACAAUAUAAAAAAUCGGGAAAAGAUGAAUUAAUAAAAAGUGGUUGUUGUAUCAUCACUUAG